CCCUGUGUGUGUGUCUCCGUCUCCCUGUGUGUGUGUGUCUCCCUGUGUGUGUGUGUGUGUCUCUCCUUGUGUGUGUGUGUGUCUCCGUCUACCUGUGUGUGUGUGUGUCUCCGUCUACCUGUGUGUGUGUGUGUGUGUGUGUCUCCGUCUACCUGUGUGUGUGUGUCUGUGUGUGUGUCUCCCUGUGUGUGUGUGUCUGUGUGUAUCUCCUUCUCCCUGUGUGUGUGUGUGUGUGUGUCUCCCUGUGUAUGCGUGUCUCCCUGUGUGUGUGUGUGUGUGUUCCUGUGUGUGUGUAUGUGUGUGUCCCUGUGUGUGUGUCCCUGUGUGUACCUGUGUAUGUGUGCCUGUAUGUGUGUCCCUGUGUGUGUGUGUUUGUGUGUGUCCCUGUAUGUGUGUGUCCCUGUGUGUGUCUCCGUCUCCCUGUGUGAGUUUCUCCCUCUGUGUGUGGGUGUGUGUCUCUCCCUGUGUGUGUGUCUCCGUCUACCUGUAUGUGAGUGUGUCUCCGUCUACCUGUGUGUGUCCCCCUGUGUGUGUGUGUGUGUGUUCCUGUGUGUGUGUAUGUGUUCCUGUGUGUGUAGGACCUUGAAGGUGCUGUGUUGGGGGACAAUGGAAUACAGCAGCCUCAUGUUCAAGCUGAAGUCCUCCCCUGAAGGAAGCUUCACCACAGCCGAGCACUAA